GAUUUAGAGUUUAGAGUUUAAUGUCAUGCUGACGACGUUAAAAAUAUUUUUUUUGUAAUUACUACUAUUUUUUACUUUUUUUUAUUUUUACCUUUUAAUUUUAAAAACAUAAUAUAAUUUGACAAUAUUUUGUUUCUUUUUUUAAAAGAUAUCGAAUAUAAAAUAAAACAAUCAUAUUGGUUGGUGAACGUCUAGGUUCAUCCUAGGAAGUGAACCCAAGAAUAAGUCGUUAAUUAAUUAUUGUUUUAGGAAUGUUUCCGUUAAUCAUUCUUGGUUACAUAUAGUUGAUUUGGAUUGUAAUUUAAAUAUUUAUAAAUCAGAUUAUUAUGUGUGUUUGCGUAGUGCUAUGUGAUAUCGACUACCAUACUUGCCUUUGACCUUUUUGGAAGGGAUGAUUCGUUUUUUUGUCAUAGAUCUAUUAGUUUAAAUGGUUUUACGAAAGGUAAAAUUAAUUAAAGGUAAGUUCAAUAAUUGGAUAAGAACUUGUUAAUGUUAAUCCAUGGAACUUAGUGUUGUCGCUAGUGUUAAUCCAUGGGAUUGUUUUUUUUGUACGUGAUGAUUUGUUUCCAUUUUAGUGAAUCGUAAAAUGAAAACAAUUAAAAUUACAUGGACUGAAAACGUACAUUCCUUUAUAUAAAUAUACAGUCACCACUUCAAAUAUAUCUGCAUUUUGGUUUAUAUCUAUAAAUAGGGAACCAAUAUGAACUUGUCUAACAAUCCACUCCACAUGAUUUACAUAACAAUGGCUUUCUCUAAUAAGCUUCAUUGCAUAUCGAUGUUUAUGAUCAUCUCUUAUCUUACUCUUAUUCUCUUUGCAUCAGGGUUAGAUGUGCCAAACACUACGGCGGAAGCACCAGCACCAACACCAACACCAGGAUCAGGCCACGACGGCGUGUUACCUCUAGCACCUAAGCAUGUUGUAAUCCACAACACUGUAGAGAACGGGGAAGUUUUGAAUGUACAUUGCAAAUCUGGUGACGAUGAUUUGGGGUUGAUCCGUAUCCCUUGGGAUAAGUACUGGGAUUUCAGAUUUCAUGUUAACAUUUGGAAAACUACGAAGUUUCGUUGCCUGUUUACGUGGUAUGGAGGCGGAUCUCAUUAUUUUAAUAUAUUUACAGUAGCAAGAGAUGAUACUCCAUCUGGAGAGACUCCAGUAUGUAGAGAAUGCAUUUGGGAGGUGGGAAAAGAGUCCAUUGGCGAGAAAACUCCUAUGUGUCGUGUAGAUCGUGAUGGAUAUACUCGUUACUGUUUCGAAUGGGACGAUGAAUAGUCUUUAAGAAAAUAAAAUAAUAUAUUGUUAUUGCUUUUCCUCAUUUUAUAAAUUUAUCACA